AUGACUGAAAAUACAAAGUUGGUGGACACAGAAGACAUAACUACGGAUGCUAUUACCUCUGCUCCUACUCCAACUACUACUUCUACCUCUACUGAAGUACUAACAACAGCAACAGCAACAACAACAACAACAACAACAGCUGCUUUAGAUGAAUCAACUGUUCAUUCCGAGCCCAACAUUUUAGAAUGGGAUAGUGAUGAUAUCAAAAAGGAACCUCAUCCUUUGUCUAUUCAAACACUAGACCAAUAUGAAAGUGACCCCUGGGCACAACCUGAAGAUAACGAGAACGACUUAUUGACAGAACAUGACACGUUGGUAGAGGAACAACAACAGAAAAAGUUAGAGGCACCCGCUGCCAUCACAACAACCUCUGUUGACACUACUCCUCCUGUAGCAGGAACAAUAGCUUCACCGACAAUAGCAGAGCCAGCAACAGCAACGACAGUACCAAGCAAAAGUCAAGAUACCUCUGCUAGCUUCCAAAAUGUGCAAGAUAAAGACACGAUUGAUGACCUCAAAGUAUCUGGACAACUUCCAAAAUGGCUUGUUGGUGAGUACUUUACGGUUGGACCCGGUACAUUUGAUGUCAAGUAUAGUCGAAAGAUCGAAAUCGAUGGCGAGAUUCAGCUGGUUUCUGCUUUCUAUACGUUCGGACACUGGUUUGAUGCAUUACCACUUGUCAACCGCUUUGAUUUAAACGGUCAGCGUAACACAAUCACAUACCGCAACAGACUCACUAGUCGCCGAUUGAUCGAAAAGAUUCGAGACCAUCAUGGAUACUCCCCUCUGCAUCCUGCUGGUCUGUUCAUGUCCAAUACAAACCAGACGGUGCUCUCAAAGAUUUUAAAGACAGCGGCUAAGCCUAAUAAGCCAGAUGCAGAGCCAUGUAGCGCCCGUAUACUUACCAAGAUACCUGGACUCGAUGGAAGAUUGUUCUGCCAAAACCACGCCAACCAUAUCCAAGAGCUCGACCCUUUUGACCUGAAACCUACUCAACUCUUGACAUGGAAUGAGAUUAACCCUGCGUUUAAAGGAACAAGCUCCUGUCCUAACGGACAAUAUGAUUCCCGUACAGGAGAAUACAUCAAUUUCACAAUGGAAGUAGGAUACCAGACUGUCAAGUAUCACUUUUUCUCUAUCAGUGACCAGAACCCCAAGGGAUCCUUGAUCACUUCAUUGACAGCUCCUAUGGCCUAUGUCAACUCAUUCUUGAUCACACCAAAAUACAUCAUUUUUGUGCUUCAUCCUAUGCUGGCUACUUCAGGAGGCGUAAAGUACAACUGGUGUGAGAGCAUCAUGGACUCCUUUUCGUUCAAACCUUCUGAGCCAACGUUGUUUUACGUGAUCUCAAGAGAACGACGCGAGGUCAUGACUGUGUACCGAUCAGACCCUUGCUUUGUCAUGAACCUUAUUAAUGCGUAUGAAGUGAACGAUACGAUCUUUUUAGACAUGAUCUGUUACAAGGACGACACGAUUGUGCGCCAAUUGACCACACAGUACUUGCGUGAACCUCACACGAUGAAGCCAUCUCGAUUACUAGGAUCAGAAGUGCGACGAUAUAGACUAUCCCACUUGGAAGAUGAGCAUGUGACUUAUUUAAGCAAACGACCUGCGAAAUCAAGAUUCUCUUUGCCGCUCUUUAAAGUCUUUAAGAAUGAUACCACGCAAACGAAAUAUAGUGAAAAUGCAACAAAUCGCUGGUAUUCCUGGAUGCCUAUUGCUACGUAUGAGCAACGUAUUCAGCCAUCCAUUGAAUUACCUCAAAUCAAUCCUAAUUUCAAAAUGUACAAGCAUUCAAUCAUGUACGGUCUUGGCUUCAGUGCUUCCAAUUCACUCAAAGAUGGAGCCAUUUGGGACAGUAUUGUCAAGACGAAUCUGGAGACAAAAUCCAUCAUGACCUCCUGGCAUCAAGAAGGAUGCUAUCCAAGCGAACCCGUAUUCAUUCCUCGUCCUUCGAUUGGACCUGAGGAUCAAGUGGGAGAGGACGAGGGUGUGUUGUUGAGUGUAGUGAUGAAUGCAGCCACGUCUAGCUCAUUUUUACUUGUGCUCGAUGCAACCAGUUUGCAAGUUUUAGCAACAGCCGAUCUUGAACGACUCGUACCUAUAAGCUUUGCGCAUGGCAGCUAUCGACUUUUGGAAACCCAUUAG